AUGAAAGGCAACUUCACCCCUGCCACCAUCAACAAAAACGUCACCAGCAGUCUGGACUUCGGACUUGGGAACAUCUCUGGCAAUGACUCUAUCUUUAACUGCUCACAUAAGCCAUCAGAUAAGCAUUUAGAUGCAAUUCCUGUUCUCUACUACAUUAUUUUUGUGAUUGGAUUUCUUGUCAAUACUAUUGUGGUUACACUGUUCUGUUGUCAAAAGGGCCCUAAAAAAGUUUCCAGUAUUUACAUCUUUAACCUGGCUGUGGCUGACCUACUGCUUUUGGCCACUCUUCCUCUCUGGGCAUCCUAUUAUUCUUACAGAUAUGACUGGCUCUUUGGACCUGUGAUGUGCAAAGUGUUUGGUUCUUUUCUGACCCUGAACAUGUUUGCAAGCAUUUUUUUUAUCACCUGCAUGAGUGUUGAUAGGUACCAAUCUGUCAUCUAUCCCUUUCUGUCUCAAAGAAGAAAUCCCUGGCAAGCUUCUUAUAUAGUUCCCCUUGUUUGGUGUAUGGCCUGUCUGUCCUCAUUGCCAACAUUUUAUUUUCGCGAUGUCAGAACCAUUGAGUAUUUAGGAGUGAAUGCUUGUGUUAUGGCUUUCCCAACUGAGAAAUAUGCCCAAUGGUCUGCUGGGAUUGCCUUAAUGAAAAAUAUCCUUGGUUUUAUUAUCCCUUUAAUAUUCAUAGCAACAUGCUAUUUUGGAAUCAGAAAACACUUACUGAAGACCAAUAGCUAUGGGAAGAACAGAAUAACGCGUGACCAAGUUCUGAAGAUGGCAGCUGCUGUUGUCCUGGCGUUCAUUAUUUGCUGGCUUCCCUUCCAUGUUCUGACCUUCCUGGAUGCUCUGGCCUGGAUGGGCGUCAUUAGUAGCUGUGAAGUUAUAGCUGUCAUUGACCUGGCACUUCCUUUUGCCAUCCUCCUGGGAUUCACCAACAGCUGCGUUAAUCCCUUUUUGUAUUGUUUUGUUGGAAACCGGUUCCAACAGAAGCUCCGAAGUGUGUUUAGGGUUCCAAUUACUUGGCUACAAGGCAAGAGAGAAAGUGUGUCAUGCCGAAAGAGCAGUUCCCUUAGAGAAAUGGAGACCUUUGUGUCUUAA